AAAGGAGUCAGAUACUGGCGCGAAAAAUCACCGAAUUACUUCAUAAGACGACAAGCAUAAGAAUGAUUCUAACGCGAAGUUGUUUUAUAUUGUUAGGACUAACUGCGUUCCAAGGCAUCGGCAUAUCAAAUGUCCUUGCAUCCGAUGAGGCGCAAACCUGCAUCAAUUUGUGCGAAAGCUGCGAUGGAAUAGCAACAUUUCAACACAACAUUUGUCAGUGCCAUGUUGCCGAUGACAACGAUCAAGGUGCCGAAUGCAUUGGCCGAAUGAGAAGACAAGCUCAGGAUCUUGGAGUAGACAUAGUAUCCUGCGAUCUCGCCAAUGCUGAAGCAGAUCGUCCUGCUCGAUGUGCUGCAUCUCCGUUACGACGGUUGAGGACUCGAGGUAAUGCCGAUUUAAUCGCAAGAUAUUUCAUGGGCAACGGAUUAAGUUCGCUACUAGGAUCGCAAAAACCGGAGGCGGAAUCAACGGCAGAUUCCGAUUCCUCAUCUACGGUGGAAAAUGUUGGUGCAAAUGCGGCUACAAGCGGUGAUACGAACAUGGAUUCCGCUGUAGUUGGGGCGCCAAAUCAAUUUCUGCAAACAGAUCCUUACAUGAUGGGAGUAAUGACCAACUGGCUUCAGCCGCAGAAUAUGAUGUCCAUUGACGAAAGUUGUCAGGGAGCAGGGGGCGGCCCUGAAAUACAAAGCUAUGUGGGACAAACGAAUCCUGAGAUUACUUCAAUGACUGACAAUGAAUCUAUGAACCAGAAUAUUGGCACGAAUUCGGCACAAACAAAUUUUGUUGGUGAACCAAAUCAUGACGAGACUGGACAGUUCUCGUCAGGAAGAAUGUAUGAUUCAUACAAUAUGCUUCCAUUAAUGUUGGGCACGAAUCCAUACGCCUACUUUAUUCGUACACCUUAUCCGGCGCAGUUCCCAGGCGGAUCACAAAUGUCAGGUACGCGGUCGUAUUACUACCAGUCUAUGGAUGGAGGACGAAACUCUCAAUCCCGAGAAAACAACAUUGUGGGUCUAUCUCCUUAUUCGAAUUGUCACACGUCGUCACUUGGAGCAAGUAAUCCAAAUCUUGGGGAUUCAGCCGCUGCGCAGGGGAAUAGCCCAGAUAAAGGUGCAAUGCCGAACGAACAAGUGGGAGAAGCAAAUCCAGAAGGCUUAAAUCACGAGGAUAGGGAAUAUCUUGGUAGCAAUGGACAAAUCGAUAAAGAUGUUAGAGGAGAUCCAGCGGGUCCAGAAGAAAUCAAAGAUCAAACUGUUGGUUCCUCAAAGUAUAAACUAAGGCGAAGACUGAACAAAUUUAGAUCAAAAGACAGCCGCUCUAUGUCGGAUGCUGACUCGUGCUAUGGAAAUUCUGACGCUACGCAUGGCGUUGCGUAAGAAAAAUGGAUUGAAAGAAAUUGUACUUUCCAGAGUAGACUUUUUGAAUACUGUUUCUAUGAUGUUAUAUAGGCUAUGGACGUAGCAUAUUAUUUUUGUUAUGCAUACUUAAUUGUAAAUAAUCCACGCAUUGCGUUGAUUCCUAUGUAUAAUUUCAUUUAAGUUGA